ACAGAGCAGUGUUUGUUUACGUCGAGAGAAAUAUGUAUGUAGCCAGCUGCUAAAAAUAAAAGCGGCACGUAGACUGAAAAGAAUAAUAUCAUUAAAAUGAUUGGAGAAGACGUUCAUAACGCCGUACUUUCGAACCAUGAUAACGGUAGUGUUCCCAUUUGCUCUGACUCCAGACCAUCUGAAAUUAUUGCGAAAUUGCAAGAUGUUUAUGAAAAAAUCUUAGAAAGCGUUGACGAAGAUGCUGAAGUAGAUGCAUUGAAGUUGAAGGUCUCAACUCUUCAGUCCUGGGUUAAAGAUUUGACGGAACAGAAUAUGCUCCUUGUAGAGACCGCAGAACAACUAGAGAAAGAAGCAGCUGAACGGGUAUCCUUACUAGAAGAACGUAUACGACAGACAUCACAAGCGGCGUUGAAAUACAUGACUAAGUUGCAAGAUUAUGACAGCCAAGUUCAAGAUUUGGCUGGACAAAAGAUAAAUCUUGUGAGCAUGACUCUGUCCCAAGAACAGCUUCAGACACGUGUAAGCAAUCUCCAGAAUGACAUAAAAAAUCUUUUGGAUCUAAUUCAGCGAGCUAAAGAGACGGGCUCUUGGGACUUGGAUAAUCUGUCUUUCAAGGAAGUGGUGUGGGAUGAUAAUUUUGUUGGUACAUUAUCAGUGGAGCAGCCUCAACAAUAUACCUCUGCAGAGCAAAAAAUAGGAAAUAAAGCAUCAGUGUCAGAUUUUGAGGAUAAAGUUGUGAUUCAAAAUUACCAAUCACAAAUUUCUCUAUGGAAAAGUAAGGCGUUAGAAGCAGAAGCGAAGAUAAAAAAACUAGAAGAAGAUGCCAUCAAUAAAAAAAAUACUCUGAGUGACUUGCAACAGCAAUUUGCAGAAAGUCAGACUUGCCUGGAUUCAACACUCAAGGAGAAUGAGAAAUUGUGUUCUCAGAUAAAGGCACAUGUGGAACAGAUGUCUUUAAAAGAUAAAGAAAUUGAAAAAAUCAAGAAAACCAUACUUGAUAUGGAAAGGUCUUCCAAGGAUGAAAGGGCAGCACUAACAGCCGAAGUAGCUGAAAAACAUGACGAAAUCAGAUCACUGACUGAAAAGAAUAAGCAGCUUGAAAAUCGAUGUCGAGAUGCAAAUAUGCAAACUCAGUUGAAAGAUGACAUUAUAAAACAGAUGAGGAAGGAUAUAAAACAGUUAAAAACGGAGACGGAAGGACAUUGCAUCUGCAAGAACCAGACGUCUCCGGAAAUGACGCUCCAGGUGACUGAUGGGAGGGACUCAGAGAAAACAACUGAAACUGUGGAUGCACGGAUUUUUGAUGAACAGACUCGGAUACACAUUACUCACAGUAUAAAAGAGAGUACACCGGAAACAAACACCGCCGAAGUUGACAGUUUGAAGAAAGAAUUAUCAGAUACAAAAGAAGAAUUAGAAUCAUUGAAACUAAAUCAAAAGUCAAAGGAUCAGAUGCUUGCAAAUCAAAUGGAAAUGCUCAAAGUGCAACAGGAUACACUGAAUAUGACUCAGGCUGAGUUAAAGGAAGCACAGGAGCGUAUCAAAGAACUUGAGAAUAUGAAGAAAUCAGCAGAAGAUUUGUCUAAAGAACUUAAAGAUAAAAGUGAAGAAGAGAAAGCACAAAAAGAAGCUCUUGCAAAAGCUGAGAAGAGGAAUGAAGAACAGCAAGUGACCAUCAAAAAUCUUCAGGAGGCCUUACUGUCUACAAAAAAUCAGCUGGAAGAGCUCCAAGGAAAAGGAACAGUGGAAAUUAAUAUGAAAAAUGACACAAUAAAAGCACUUCAUUUGGCACUGUCGGAAGCUGAAAACCAAUAUAUAGAUUGCUAUGGGGAGGUGGUGAGAAAAGCAAAUGCAGUGAAGAAUCUGAAGGAAUCAAAUCUCAGCCUCCACUAUGAAAAUGACAUACUACAACAGGAAUUGUGUCUUCUGGGAUUUUUUUUAUCUGAGUUCUUUAUUGAACUCAGUAUGACAAAGGAGGAGUUGAAGCAGGAAAAUAAGAAACUAGAACAAACCAUAGAAAAACUAGAAAGAAAGGUCUCUGAAAUAGAAAACUCGCUUGAUGAAACUGAAGAGAAAUACCAAAAGGUUGAAGAAAAUAACAGAAAGUUUCAGUAUGAAGUUAGUCUUAUGUCGCAACUGAAGGAAAUAUCAGACCAGAACAAUAUAGUGUUGGCAGCUGAGAUUAAGAAUUUAAAUGCAGAGAUUAACAAACUUCAGAACCAAUUACAGAGAAAAGAUUCAGAGUAUUUUCAGAAAACUGCAGACCAGUUUUCUUCUUCAUUAAAACGAGAAACUGAAGUACUGCAGGCAGAGGUUAGGAGACUGCAGCAUCAGUUGCAAAAGAAGACCUCGGAGGUAGGUUCUCUGCAACUAGCUCUAAACAAAGAGAAGAACAGUGUGCAGCACUCAAAGAAAGCAUAUGGAUUCGCAAAUGAAACUUUAAAAUGUUAUCUUGUGCAAACUGAAUCUUUGUAUAAAAUGAAAGACAUACUACAAGAAAAGAGUAAAAACCUAGUAAGCCAGAUGUCUUAGAAGAACUGUGAGUACAUUACACAACAACGUGCGGUAUCUAAAACAGAAGCUAUGUGAAAGUAUUGGCCAUUCCAACAUGAGAUGUUACACUUGUCCAGUUAUAAAAGUGCUACAGAAAUGCCGUUCAUCUACAGAGUAUUGGCCAAAUAAAUCAAGGGAGAUGUGAAAAUGCAGUAAGAUUGUGCAAAUACUGUAAGAUACUGACUAUGGUGUCAUGUCAUUCAUAUUUUGACAGAAUUGACUGUCUCUUCAAGUAGCAAAAUUUGAAUACAGUGUGAAGUGAAUAGUUGAAACGCUUGUCUUAAUGUGUUCAACAUAUUUAUGGGAGUUCAAGAAGAGUGACUUUUAGGUUAGGAACAUUAAAUAGGUACCAGAUGUGUUUAGUGUCACUGAUAUUAUUAAGUAGUGUGUUUAUUAUCAAAGGACUAAUAUCACACAAAAUCUACAUAAAAAUAUAUAAAACACAUUACAUUUUACAUAAU